AAUUAUGCUGCAUACAUAUAAUAACGUGACACAGGAUAUGUUUUCGCACGCAUCCUUUUAGAUUCCGAUCGAUCCAACAUCAGCGCGUAGUUAUAGGUUCUAGUGCAAUUGUGUUUUUCUGUCGUGUUUCCAAAUGCAGUACAGAUCGAGUGUUUCCAGUAGGUGUUCUCUGUUCCCACAGAAGAGUCCUACCGGUGGAGGCCGCCAACGGGCGAAACCUGCACAACCUCGGCUGGGUAAGUCUACCGAAGGCUUCAACGUUGAUUCUGGCUUCGAGACAUCCGAAUUCGACUUCAUCGAUUUUGCCGAAGAUGUAUUCAACUGUCCGGAUCCGCAUCCUCCGCAGUUGAUUGCCGAAGCGGCCGCCCUAUUUGGAUUGGUGGCUGGUACCGCUAACCGUAGGCAUUCGAGUGCCGCCCACAAUAGGUACAAGUUGGUUGAUUUGCCCCGACGAAGCUUAAAUCCUUUUCACACGGGUAGAUAUCAGAGGCGGAGGAAUCGCAGUCGAGUCUCUUUCGACUUUGACCCAUCGUCCCACGACCCAGUUGAUGAUUUGCAGCCACCGAAGAGUCAGUCGUGUGAGGACCAGCGUCGACAGCAGUCGCAACAUCUGCCAUCGUCGCCCGCCAAGCAACCGCAGCCGCAACCGUUGAGCACGUUUACCUCGGCCAAAUCGAGUCCAACGCCAUCCGCAGUUUCGUCCUCGCCGCGUAAGCCCAUGAACUGGAACCGAAGUGAUGCAGCCAGAGCCCUGCUGGUAGAGGCAAAGGCCAUUGAACUGCUCAAAUCUCCGAAUGUGCUUGUGUUGCGUUUCCCCGAUCCGGAACUAAACAAGGAAAUAGUUCAAGGCUAUUCGGCAUGCAUCGAGAACGUGGUUUUCCAUCGUCCUUCCACACCGCGAUACUGCUUGGUGCACUUAAAGCCAGAGGCGGACGUGGACCGUGUUAUCCAGCAGCUCUCGAGGAUCUCCUUCGGUGCCGGAAAGAUAUCCGUCGAGCGGAAAACGAAGAAUGUUGAACCGAAGCCAACGCUGAAACCGGAGGAAAUCGAUCCGCUGACGCUUUUUAUUGGAAACCUUCCGAAUGCUGUCACCGUUUACACCGUGAAGCAAAUGUUUCCCACGGCCCGGCGUAUCGACAUAGGGCACGCGCAACGUAUGAAGCACACGCGGUACGCCUUCAUCCGGUUCCACAAUGUCGCCGAUGCUGUCGCUGCGUUCAAAGCGAACUUCAAUAAAGUUAUCGAAGGGAAGAAUAUUAUUGUGCGCUUUCGGCGUCACAAUGCUCCCAUUGCCAUGCCCGAGGACACGAAUACGCCGAAGACGCCCAAGAGACAGAAGGGUUUGGGGCAGCUGUUUGUGUCGGUAGAGCAGAAACCUUUGCGUAACAUCCGAAGUACCGAUAAACAUCAACAUGUGGAGAUUCACCAUUCUGAUACAUUGAAUACAAUCAGAACGGAUAUUCUUGACGAGGAUAUUGUCAAAGAUGAGAUGGCGCACCGACGGGUUAAAAUUGAACCUCCUGAAAUUCCGGAGAAUGACAUUGAAGAAGAAUCGGAUGAUAUAGAGGACUUUCUAGAAGAUGACGAGGCUGAAGAUUUGAACUUGGACGAAUUAAAUGCCGAUGAAAAUUACUGCGAAGAGGACGAUACGGACGUGGAUGCCAUAGACAAGAAUUACUGGACAUUGGAGCAGCUACGCAGUAAGGCCAGUAACGAUGGGACGACUUCAGUGUCGGAGUCAAUCAAAAGUGACAUAUUCAUGGAACCUGAAUCCGCUACUAAAACCAGUUCUACAACUUUCACAACGAAGCCAAAAGAUCAUAAACCGGUGUCAACAUUUAUAGUCAGUAAGAGACGUGACGAUCAGCUGCAGGACUUGUUCAGUUGUUUAGAACCCGAUGACGAUCUAUCGCUCUAAAUAUUUUUAUUUGUUUGCAAUGCAAUCAUAACAUACAAUUUGUUCGACGAUGUUUGUCUUUGAAUCUAGAAGUUCUAGAGCAGUUAGUUGCAUAAUUUAGAAUAGUUUGCUAUAUGCAUUUUACUUGAAAUGCUGUGCUGUGCUGACUAUAGUACUACAAUCAUGCUAAAUUUGCACAAAGUCAAAGUCUUCAAUUUGGAGUCAACAUUUGAAGGGUGAAUAUUUAGAACACUAACUUUUCUCAAAUUACUCACUUGUAGUAGAUCUCACGCAAUUCCUAACCCAACCCCUUGGCAAUCAUUAGAACUUAGAUCGGUGUGACGCUGACCUAUAGUUGCAAUCCAUUCCUGUGCUCGUAAGGAAAUUAAUCCUUAAUUUUAGAGAUAACUUUUAAUGUUAUUACUGGUUAUUCAUAUUGAAAUAUAAAACAUGAAAUGUGUAUAA